AAAGUCUAAAAACCCUAGUAGUAGCAAAGCAAGCACACUGAAAACACAAGAACCGCUCGCAUUCUCUCUCGUCCUCUCUCCGAUUCGAUCUGCAACCCCCAAAGUCCAAAACCAAUGUCGACGGAAGCACCUGAUCAGGAUCAAAACCAAGCCGCCGCACCACCUGAGGCGGAGAUUCAAUCCCUCGCAAUCUCUUCCUCUCCCUCUUCCUCAUCCAACCCAACCAACCAGAUGAGCCUGGAGGAGAGGUACCAGAUCGUGAGGAGCAUAGGAGAGGAGUGUAUUCAAGAAGACGAGCUUCGUAAUCUUCUUGAAAAGAAACCCGAACCCAUCUGCUACGACGGGUUUGAGCCCUCCGGUCGAAUGCACAUCGCUCAGGGAGUUAUGAAGGCAAUAAAUGUGAACAAGCUGACAUCUGCUGGGUGCAGAGUGAAAAUAUGGAUUGCAGAUUGGUUUGCCCAGCUAAACAAUAAGAUGGGAGGUGACUUGAAGAAAAUUGAUGUUGUUGGGCGCUACCUCAUUGAGAUUUGGAAGGCUGUCGGGAUGGAUAUUGAUGGAGGGAAGGUGGAGUUUCUGUGGUCCUCAAAGGAGAUAAACUCGAGAGCUCAUGAGUACUGGCCUCUUGUGAUGGAUAUAGCACGAAGGAAUACGGUUUCAAGGAUAAAAAGGUGUGGUCAAAUUAUGGGUCGAAGUGAUGAGGAAGAGUUGACUGCAGCACAAAUUUUCUACCCAUGCAUGCAAUGUGCUGAUGUGUUUUUCUUGAAGGCCGACAUUUGCCAACUGGGAAUGGAUCAGCGAAAAGUGAAUGUACUUGCAAGAGAGUACUGUGAUCACAUCAAGAGGAAAAACAAGCCUAUUAUUUUGUCACACCACAUGUUACCCGGUUUACAACAAGGUCAGGAGAAGAUGUCGAAAAGUGAUCCACUAUCUUCCAUUUUUAUGGAAGAUGACGAGGCUGAAGUGAAUUUGAAGAUAAAGAGAGCAUACUGUCCUCCAGAUAUUGUGGAAGGGAAUCCAUGCUUGGAGUAUGUGAAGUACCUCAUUUUACCUUGGUUUAAAAAGUUUGUAAUAGAGCGCAGUGCAGAGAAUGGUGGUGAUAAGAGCUUUGAAAACUUUGAAGAAUUGGUUGCUUACUAUGAAAGUGGAAAGCUACAUCCAGCUGAUCUUAAACCAGCCUUGGCAAAGGCUUUGAAUAAGAUACUAGAGCCUGUAAGAGAGCACUUCAAGAAUGACAAUAAUGCAAAAGAUCUUUUGAAAAGGGUUAAGGCUUACAGAGUCACAAGGUAACGUGGAACACAGCCGUCAACUUUUUGCUCCUUCCAAAUUGGUGGAUUAAAGGUCUGGUAUUUGUGAAUUGGCUUGCAGCCAUUGCACUAGUGGUCAAGCCUUGUUGCAAUGAUGAGUGCCUUUCACCAAAAGUUGUUGUGGUUUCAACCUUGACCACUCCGAAACCCCACAAAUAGUGAAAGCUUUGUGCACUUAGUACUACGACCUUGCAGCCAGUUGUAUUCCUUCAUAGAGAAACAUACUCAUUUUAGGCAAGUAUUAGAUUCUAUGUUUUGAAAAAAAAAAGUUAUUAUUAGAUACAUUUUCAAAUUUUCAAUUGCAUUGGAUUCCAACUUUACUAUGUUGUUGAAAGAGUGGUGAUUAAUUCCUCUGCCAAGUGUGGAUAAUUAUGUGACAAUUUAUUAAUGGUGGAUAAUAAAGUAGUGUUGGUGGUGGAUUCAUGUGAGAAUUAAUAAAAACUGCCAAUGCAUCAUUUGUGAAA